AUCGAGGCUAUCAAACAAUCAAAGCCUGAGCUGCACCUCCUUUGGGUCCCGGGUCAGAGGUUCUUCGGUUCCUCCUACAUUCUGUACUGUACAAUUACAAAUGAGUCAGCAGAGUCAGUAUGUCUUACAGUGACUUCGAAGACGACAGUGAAGUGGAGAUUGAACCAGUCUCAGAUGAGAGCGUUGUCACCACCUUUAUCAACGCUUGCAAAUAUGGCAAUUUAAACAAGGUUCGUGAAAUAGUGGAGCGGGAAGGAAACCAGUUUCUGCAGCAGAGAGAUCCUGAGGGGCACACCUUUGUGCAUUGGGCAGCUCUUGGAGGAGCAAACAAUGUGCUAGAGUUCUUACUUGAUCGUGGAUGCCCCAUUAACGAGCAAAGUAGAAAUGAAUAUGGGCCAAAACCUAUUCACUGGGCGUGUGUGCAUGGUCAUGCUGUUACCCUUGAUCUGUUCCUGGAGAGGGGUGUUCCCAUCGAUUCGUUAGAUGCAAAUGGAUGCAGUCCACUUAUCAUCUCAGCUCAGUAUGGUCAGUCGCUGUGUAUCAGCUACCUACUACAAAAAGGAGCCAACAAAUUCCUGCUUGACAUAAAUGGUGACAGUGCUCUUCAUUGGGCAGCUUUCAAAGGUCAUCCAGAGGCUGCGUACUUACUACUAGCAGCUGGACUGAGUGCAAAGGAGAAGGAUGCAUUUGGACAGACUCCUCUUCAUUCCGCCUGUCUGAAAGGAGAUGUUCAGUGCUGUGAAAUGUUGCUGGAGCAUGGAGCAUUGAUUGACGAAUUGGAUAGAAAUAACAAAACACCUAGACAGCUUGCUGAGGGCAGGAGGCAUCGUAUAGUCCUAAAGUACCUAGACAACAAGGACUCAUCCAACUUUUGUGAUUGGAGGACUCUGGUGUUUGGGCCCGGAGGCAAGAAUAGGAGCUCGUCUUUGUUCUUUGUGGUGAUAUUCUUCUUUUGGACAUAUCCCAUUUACUUUCUGAGGGUUGUCCCUCCAACAUUGGCCGACCAUUACAAUAUGCAUAUUGGUUAUUGGAUCUUUAGUGUGUUACUGUGGGUAAUGUUUCCUUGGGCGAAGUUUUCCGAUCCAGGGGUUAUCAAAACAAACAGGAGUACGUAUGAGGAAGCUGUUAAACUUAUUGGCAACCCAUCUUUAUGGGGUGAUUUCAAUGACAUCAACAACCCGAUAUAUAACAUUUGUCAUACAUGCAAGACGGUUCGUCCUGUGAGGGCAAAGCACUGCAGAGACUGUAACCGCUGUGUGGAGGAAUUUGACCACCAUUGCCGGUGGCUCAACAACUGUGUUGGUGUCAAAAACAGAAUCCAAUUUACUUUCUUUCUCUGGGUUCUCUUUGUGAACGGACUGUUUGGAGCCUAUUUUAAUUACUACGUAGUGAAGAUAACUGGUCUGGAUGUACUCAUGAUUGUGGCUAUAUUACUCUUCAUUUUAUUCUCCUUCAGUGGAGCGUACAUGCUGUACUACAAUUUCAAGCUCAUGCUGACCAACCUGACUAUAAAUGAGGAAGUAAACUACACCCGGUACCGGCAUUUCAAGACAAUGGAUGGGAAGUACAAGAACCCAUUCAACAGAGGAGUGAUGCUUAACAUUCUGGAGUAUUGGCAUAUCGUGAAAAACCCCUUGACCUCUGGGAGAAGAAGAGAACAAUAUAGUGUAUAGUUAUUGUUCCUAGUAAUGUAUUGACAAUUGUCAACAUUGUAAUUAUUAAGUAUUAUAAUUAGCCUAAUUAUCAGAAAGUCCAGGGUCAAAAGGUCAUUAAUUAUCCCAUUUUAAUUGGGGCUGGUGCGAGACUAGCCUCGAAUCCAGGCCGCUCUCAAUUGACUAGUGAGAUGGGCUGGGAUCGAGGCUAGUGCGAGAUUAUCUCUUUCCUUGGCAAUCUGUUGUAGAAAUUACAACAAUGGGUAAGGAAUCGUUAUGAUGAAUUAGAUGAAGUUGUAUGUGAGCUCCUCCCUGACAAACAAACUGUAGUCUAGGUAACCGCCUUAUCAGUCAAGUAGGCUAAAAAUCUGUGUCCUUUGAUGUAAGCUUUGAUGUCUCUUUGUGCAUAUGUAGUUAUAAAAAAAAAAAAAAAAAAAAAAGAAA